GCGGCAGAAUAAACACACAAGACACUUCCCAGUAGAAGAGAUCCAAAAGCCCUCAUCACUAGCAGUUCGAUUAGUCUGAGAUCAUACUAUUUGUAAUGGGUGUAGUGAUAGAGAGUGAAGUUUGGUUCCCAAACAAUUCCAUUUUCAUUUUCAUCUUCUUUUCUUGCUUGCUCUCCAUCCUCUGUUUUUCCCACUCCAAAACUAACCACUCAAACACCAACACUACAACCAUCUUUGAUCAAUCUCUCCCCCCUUCUCUCACAUCUUUCCUCAUCUGUUUCUCCAUUUCUUCAGUUUUGGAAGGGCUGGGAUCAGUACCGGCAGAGUAUGAGUUGGCGGAGUACGGGUUUAGUAGAGAGCAGAUGGUGUUAUCUUUGUGUGUUGGAUAUGCUGCUUCAUUGUUUAUUGCGCCCGUCUUGGGAAUUCUUGCUGAUUUAAUUGGUCACAAAAAAAUAUGUUUAACAUUUUGUAUCUUGCAUCUUUUUGUUGGCAUUUGGAAGAUGAUUACUUCACAUCCGAACAUUUGGUUAGCAAGUUCAUGUCUCGGUCUGGCCAAUUCUAUUUUCUCAUUCAGCUUUGAGACUUGGAUGGUAGUUGAGCAUGAUAAGCAAGGUCACAGGCAAGAUAUGCUUAAUGACAUGUUUUGGUUGAUGGCUUUCUUGAAGUCUGCAUGUUUUAUUGGUAGUCAAGCCAUAGCAAAUUGGCUGGUUGGUAAUUCUUUCAAGCAACAUAUAGGAUCUCUUUCCACUGCAACUGUGUUGCUGGCAAUUCUAAGUAUCAUUCCUAUAACUCGUGGACGGAAAGAACCUGCAAAAUUAGCAGCAUCUAAGGAUUAUCAGGCGUCAUUUUACACAUUUGUACUUUGCGAUAAAAGGAUAUGGUUGUUAAUUUGGGCGCAAGCUUGUGUGCAGUUCGCUCUUGCAGUCUUCUGGAUUCUGUGGGCUCCAACAGUAGUGGCUGAUGGUCGAGAAGUUCAUCUGGGUUUAAUAUAUCCUUGUUUGCUGGGUGCUGGAAUGUUAGGAAGCACAUCGUUUCCAUGGUUUGUUAGUGGACUGUUAUCAGUUCGCACCGAGGAUUGCUUACUGUAUGCAUUCUGUGUGGCAGGGAUUGUGCUCUCUGUUGUAUCUUAUGACUAUCAAGAAAUUGGAUUUUUGGUGACACUUUUCUGCUUGUUUCAUGCUUGUGUUGGCCUGAUUUUACCUUCACUGGCAAGAUUGAGAACAUUGUAUGUCCCAAAUGAAUUGCGUGGAGGAAUGAUGAGCUUGUCUCUAGCUCCUGUCAGUGCAGCAGUCCUAUUUUUCUUGAUGCAGGGAGGUUAUUAUCGCAACAUUGAGAAUUCAACAAUUAUAGCAUUUGCUGCUCUAGGUCUAUUCUCUGCAGCUGGGAGCAUGUAUCUACUAAAGCAGUGGGGAAAGCAACUCCAUAAUGACUGGCACAAGAUGUGAUUAACAUGUAAAUUUAGAAAACCAAUGUUCCUUGCCUAAAAUAGAGGCUCUUUGUCGAACAUAACCAAAUGGAUAUGAGUUCACCUCGCCGUGCAAGGAUAUCUGUUGCUUGGAGGAAUGAGUUUCUAGGCGACUCCAAAAGUGAGGGAAAAAAUAACUUCGGGAUAAAGUUCUUCCUUCACCCGUCAGCUAUAAAGAUUUUAAAUGGGCCUGAAAUGUAGAGCAGCUGCACAAGGAGUCCAUCUAUAGGCAAAAUCAUCCACAACGAUUGGAUUUUUACCUCUUUUUGGUACUGUAAAAUAUUCAAAUAUCUGUAUAAUCUCAUUGGUAUAAACUACCAUAAAGUUAAAACAUCAGGGAUAUAUAAAGUUUUCUACUAUAGAAUUGAUUGUAUUCAUGACA